AUGCUGGACGUCGUCCGGGAGGUUUGCGCCACACUCCAGGCGCUGCCAAGCGUGGAGUGCGUCGAGCUGGAGGAGCGCCCAAAGUGCAGCGCAGCGUCCAUCGCAGAGUGGGAGCGGCAGCAUUCUCCGCUGCGGCUGCCCAACGACUACAAGGCUAGACGACUAGCUCCCAGAGCAUUCCUCCUAUCCUCAGACGGGCUGCUGCUGCGGUGGAGCGUCCUUCACUGCCGCCAACGACUGCCGAUCGGCCACAUGCACCUCGCUCGGCUGGCGGAUCUCAGGCCGGUGCCCGACAGCGCCUUCCUUACCGCCACGGGGGAGAGGCGGCCAGAGCUGCCGUCAGAGGCGCAACUCCGGGCUGUGGAGCUCGACGCAAGCACCUCAUCGGGCCGCGUGUGCUUGCUCUACGCCGGAGGAGAGGGUCGCGCGCAGGUCUGGUUCCAGGACGCCUCUUGCAGCUGGUCCUUCAUCGCCAGCUCCUUUGUCGACUACUUCCGGCUGAUGGUCCUUCACCGGGGCCUCCCCCGAUGGCAGUAUCAAUACACUGACGCUGGGCUCGACUCGGUGGCGAAAGCGUGGUGGCGCGCGUUCGCUGCGGACCGCUGCGGAUCAGACACCGAGAACCGCGCGCAGCAGGUCGAGUACGACGGGGAGGGGCGCAUCCGCGAGCUUGCACCGGGCAAGCGGGCAGCACGCGCGGUCUGA